UGUUUCCUGGCCACGCGCCGGAAAGACAACCUCCUCCGGGCUUGAAGGGAGUCAGCGCCAGGGUCCUGGAGGGCGGGGAUUGCGGCUCCCGCGGUCGUCAUGGCUACCGAGCCCGAGACCCCUGUGGCGGUCGCAGACCCUGCGGUGCCCUCGCUUGUGGAUCGUUAUUUCACUCGCUGGUACAAAGCGGAUGUCAAAGGAAAACCCUGUGAGGACCAUUGUAUACUACAGCACUCUAACCGAAUAUGUGUCAUCACUUUGGCAGGAUCCCAUCCAGUUCUUCAAAGUGGAAAAACAAUUGAAAGUAUUUCCUAUCAAAUCAGUACCAACUGUAGCAGACUUCAGAACAAAGUCUCUGGGAAAUUUAAGCGGGGGGCACAGUUUCUAACAGAACUUGCACCUCUGUGUAAGAUUUACUGCUCAGAUGGAGAAGAAUACACAAUAUCUAGCUGUGUCAGAGGACGGUUGAUGGAAGUGAAUGAAGACAUUCUCCAUAAGCCAUCUAUUCUUCAAGAGAAGCCGUCCACCGAAGGCUACAUUGCAGUUGUGUUGCCCAAAUUUGAAGAAAGUAAAAGCGUAACAGAAGGGCUACUGACGCAACAACAAUAUGAAGAAGUCUUGGCCAGUCGCGCCAAUGCCACAUCAGCUACAGCGUGAGGACUGAGGUGCAGUAAAAAGCAACAGGCCUUCUCUCCUCGCCUGCCAGCCAGUCAGUGCCCUAAGGAAGCAGCAGCGUAGCUGAAGCCUGCUUCCCACCCAGCCAUCCGCAGGGAGGCCUGAUCUCAACACUCGACCUAGUCUUCCCUCUUCGUCUCCCAUAACAGGCCUUGAAUCUGUUUGUCUUCACUCUCCCAGAUCUGCCUGCCCAGGUGCUCCCUGUGCUCUUCUUUUGUUUUUCUCUAACAACUGGCAAGUGAGAGAUGUUUUUCCCAUUAAAAACCAACAAACAAAGCACUUUGAGGAAAAUCUGAAAGACAUCGAAGUUAGCAUAAUUUACCCAUCAUCCUGUAACCCAUUCUUAGUAAAUACUACGUUUUGACCUAAUUCUGUGUAAAUGUUAUGGCAUGGUUAAUGUUUUGGCCUCAGUUUUCCAUCGCUUUGAAGUUAAAAAUCAACAGCUGGCCUUUCUUACCCAGUCUGCUUCAGUGUGACACCACUAAAGGCAUCUGGUGCCACCCCUUUUGCCCCAACUUCCUCCCCCUUAGGUUGCUGGGAAGCAGCAGGGUGUGGAGUGUGCCGUCCCUGUUCCUUGUGGGUUGGCCUUCACCUGUCCAGCAGUGUGGCACUGUGACUUCUGAAUGAGGGACACGGGAAAAGGCUUUGUAAAGAGCAAAGGGCUUUGCUGACAUAUGGAAGUUUCACACUGCAGCGUGAAGUAAUGUGUGCAUUUGUGGACACUCAGUCUCUCACUCGAGUUACAGGGUAACCAGCUAAGAAGUUACUGAGCAGUUACUGUAGUUCAAAGACACAGAUGCCUUUGAACAGAACAAAAGCUUUCAUGUCAUUGUUUAAAAAAAAAA